AUGGCAUCAUCUACGAUUAAGCAUGUCGGAGAUCACCACCGGCGUCCAUCUUCCGCAAGGGACAUACCGGCGGGAUGCUAUCGAGGUAAGGCUAUCGGCGAUGCAAUUCCGACGGAUUACAAGUAUGUGAAAGAGUUACUUAGGGUUUGCGAUGCAAAUAGCGAUGAAAGAGUUGAUUAUCAGGAGUUCAGAAGGUACAUGGAUGACAAGGAGCUUGAGCUUUAUCAUAUUUUCCAAGCCAUUGAUGUCGAACAUAAUGGUUGCAUUUUAUCGGAAGAGCUCUAUGAUGCUCUCGGGAUAGAACUUGAUGAUGACGAACUAGCAAGCUUGAAACCACCUUUUAUGUUCUCUGCAAUUUACUUCCAUUUUUCCAUUAAGUGUAUUUAUUCUUGCAAGGAUCGUUUUUCUCCCCCAAGCCUUCCCUGUCACUACCUCGUUCGUGAUUAGCCUUCUCGAUCAAAUGAAAACCAAGGACUGGAGGUCCCUUUUCCCGUCGCCCAUCGAAUUGCUAAUAAGUGCUGAAAUCUUGCAGAUUGUUGUCGGUGAUUCAAUGUUAUUAAGACAUGAAUCUUGCAGAGGUGGAGGAGAAGAUAGAUUGAUGUAUAAGAUUAAAGAAGAUGAUUAUUGUGGUGUGUUGUGUGAGUUUUUUUAGGAAGAAGACGAUUAUACAUGAGAGAGAGAUUAUACAUGAGAGAGAGAGAGAGAUUAUACAUGAGAGAGAGGUGGACUUAU